AUGGGUUCCGAAAGCUAUAGAUCCCAAUUUCCAUCUCCGAAAAUCCCGGAAGAGAGCCUCUCGAUGUUCUUUGACUUCGGAACGCCUAUACAAGAAGUGCAGACUACAUUUCAAAAUACUGUUCAGAGUCACGAAUCCAGGGGUGGCAUCAGGGUCUCGUUAGCAUGUGUCCCGUGUCGAAGUCGUCAUGUAAAAUGCGGAGCAGAAAUGCCUUCAUGCAGUCGUUGUCAGCAAGACGAUAAGCCGUGUUCUUAUGCAAAGUCACGAAGAGGCAUGAGAGACAAGAACGCUCCUCGGAAAAGAAGCUCGGCAAAAGAACAGAUUCGAGGACAUUCUGUGGGAAUAGACCCAGGAGGAUAUACAACUUCAGUUGGAAGCCUUAUUGAAAAUUCGUCUGGUGAAUCAUGGACCGGUGCAAUUUCUGACGCUUCGGCGAGUCCUGGCAGUUCUUCAUCACGACUUAACAGGAUCAGGCCUGUAGACCUAACAAGAUUGAUCGAUCUUUACUAUAAUUUCUUCCAUAGAGCCCACCCCUAUAUCAUCCCGAAGGGCCGUUUCCUGAGCAAAUUAAAAACUGAUCCAGACUCCCUGAAUAAUCUCCUACCAGUGAUGCAGUACAUUGGAUCGCUCUACGCGCCCGAUCUUCAAUCAGCAGAGUUCAGAGCUAUAGCUUUCAGCCAACUAGAUGUACCAAGUUUACCACAAUCCGGCUUUAGCGUUCAGGCGUUACUUCUACUGGCCAUCGCCACUCACUCAGAAGACGAAAGAGAACAUGCGCGUGUUAUCUUGGAUAGAAACAUAUGUAUGGCGCUAGAGAUCAGGAUGAAUUAUCGAGCGUUUGCUGAAAUGGAAAGAGAUCCAGUCUUAGCUGAGAGCUGGAGGAGAACCUAUUGGGGACUGUACGUUCUUGAUGGGGUGUUUUCAGGUAUUGCCCGUGCUUCUAGUUUUAUCUUGUCAGCGAUUGAAGGACACGUAAAUCUCCCGUGUGAAGAUCACGAAUAUGAAAGCGGAAAUAUUCCCCAACCCCGAACUCUCUCUGAAUAUGACUCCCGUGAUUUUGAAGACGAACUCCCAAUCUUCUCCUCUUUCACAUACCUCAUCGACCUAAUCCGCAUCAUCGGCACCGUUCUUAGCAUCAACAAUAUCACGGGCAAGAAUCUUGAAUCUGCUGUGACCAAUGCCGACGCCAUGCUUGUAAAUUGGAAACUUCAUUUGCCGGUGGAAAAACAAGGGGUGGUGGAUAAGAACGAGGAAGUCGAUGAGUUAUUAUUUCAGGCGCAAAAUUUAUUACAGACCCUUCUGGUAUUUAUUCACCGGCCGCUUUCCCGCCUCUACCACGCGCCUCUUGAGAAAGUUUCCCGCUGCGCACCACCACCAUCUACCUCACCUCCAACCGGCAAUGAAGAUCUAAUUCGCUGGUUACACACGAAGAAGACAAUCGAAGCGGCUCAGACUGCCAUAAACUUAUAUGCAUUACCGAGUCCAAUAUUGUUGCAUACGCCACUAGGCAUUUGUGGACUUACGAUGGCCACAUUAGCGAAUCUGAGUGCGUGCGCGUUCGUUUAUGUUGAUAGGGGAGAAAGUGUCGAAGGCAGUGCUGAACGAGGAGACAAGAGAUCAUGUGAGUGGAGGAUGGCGAGGGAUAGGAUAAGAUUGGGAUUGGGCGCUACGAAGGUGCUAGCAGGGGUUUGGGAAGGUGCGAGAGGCACAGAGAGGGAAUUGAAGGUCAUUGCCAGAGGAGUGUUUGCAAAUACUAACGUAGGUGUGGAAAAGAGCAGGGAAAAUACAUCGGGGGUGGUGGGGGGUAUAGGGGAUGGGAAUACGUUGAUGAAUGGAAGGUGUACGAGGCGCGGGACAGAGUUUGAGAGUGGAGAUGGGGUUGGUAUGCUAGACGGAUUUGAGGAGGAUUUUGGGGCGGAGGAUUUGGAUUAUUUGGGAGUUAUAGAUGGUUUGGCUGCGGGGAUGAAUGCUGGGAUUGUGAAUAAUGGAGGGACUUCAACUGGUUGUCAAUGA